GUUCGUGAUCAUUGCCACAGGGCUCGGAGUGAGGGCGUGGACUUGAAAGCACGCCGUAAGCUGAUCAUUGCUAGCAUCUUAUGUUUGGUAUUCAUGAUUGCCGAAAUUGUGGGUGGCGUUUUGUCGAACAGCUUGGCUAUCGCAACGGAUGCCGCACACUUGCUAACGGAUUUCGCCAGUUUUAUGAUCUCACUGUUUGCCAUCUGGAUAGCCGGACGUCCAUCCACGCAACGAAUGUCCUUUGGCUGGUAUCGAGCUGAGGUGAUUGGCGCCAUGGCCUCCGUCUUCAUGAUCUGGGUGAUAACUGGCAUACUCGUUUGGCUGGCAAUUGGACGACUCAUUAGCGGCGACUAUGAUGUGGAUGCCAAGAUCAUGUUGAUCACAUCGGGCCUGGCAAUUUUGGUGAAUGUCAUCAUGGGUGUGCAGCUGCAGCAUGGGCACUCGCACGGCCUGGGCGGUGGGCAUGGUCACAGUCAUGGCAACUCAAAGGCCAGCAAGAAGAAGGCGAAGAAGCAUAAGAGAUCCGUUUCACAUGCAAAUGCCACAUCGACACCGUGCGCCGCCUCGCCCAACCAACGCAUCGAGGGCGGCGUUGCUUUCGAUCCGGAGGAUGCCGAGCUGCCGGGCGCCGGCCUGCCGACCUACUCGUAUCAGAACUCCAAGCUUGUGGAUCCGAAUCUGGAUCUGGAAAUAGCUGCCGUAUUGGCGGAAACGGCGCCCGGCUCCCAUCACCACGGCGGGCAGGUGGGACGCGAAGCCGUCAACAUGAAUGUGCGGGCGGCGCUCAUACACGUAAUUGGCGACGUUAUCCAGAGCGUCGGUGUCUUUGUGGCCGCCGGCGUCAUUUACUUUUGGCCCCAAUACGCCAUUGUCGAUCCGAUAUGUACCUUCGUCUUCUCCAUCAUUGUCCUGUUUACCACAUUCACCAUUAUGAAGGAUGCGCUGCUGGUUCUCAUGGAGGGCACGCCAAAUUAUAUGCACUACGCCGAGGUCUUGCAAAUAUUCCAAAGCAUUGAAGGCGUUGAGCGCGUCCACAAUUUGCGCAUCUGGGCGCUGAGCAUUAAUAAAGUAGCGCUAUCUGCGCAUUUGGCAAUUGGUGCCAAUGCGAACCCGAAGCAAAUAUUAGACGCAGCCACUUCAGCGGUUCAUUUGCGUUACAAUUUCUUUGAGACGACAUUACAGAUCGAGGACUAUACGGCCGAAAUGGAGAAUUGCGUACAGUGCACGGUGCCAGAGAAAUAAGAGAAAUGGAAUGCAACAACUUUUAUUUAGUAUUUGGAAAGAUUAUGAAGCUGUUGAAUGGAAGAAAGAAAGAAAGAAAGAAACGAAAAAAAAAAAUACUGUGUACAUUCGCCUAUAAAAUGUAUCUGUAUCUAUGAGAUAAGCCAUAAAUGCAUUUACCUUAUGCACCUGCACUCACAAUGCAAACAGACUGAGAGACAGACGGACGAGCGGACGGACAGGAUUGCCCAUCAUUUGGCCAGAUAAUGUACCUAAAAUUAAUGCGCUACAUUUUCCAUCACGUCACAUAAUAUUAACAUUGUAAACAUGGCACAGUGGUGCAAAAAAA